AUGAAUGCAGCACGAUGCCAGAACCAGCGCCGGCAGCACAAGCAGCACCAACAAUGGAGAGGCAAGUCGGAGCAUCACCAGCAGCAACGUCAUGCGACACCAGAAGGCCCUCAAAAAGCCCCUCGCAAGGCAGGAAAGGGGUGCAGCCGCAAAGCAGCAGCUGCUUCUUCUGCUACCCCCUCCACCGCGAACCCUGAGCAGAGCAAAUGGAUAAAUGGCUAUUGCACUGCGACACCUAGUACCCCAAAAGUAGUGAAGAAAGCAAUUGAUGGUGCCCCAGAUCUUGCAGGCGCAUCAACCUCAAAGGCAACCCAAGGAGCAGCUACCACAUGGCGAGGUGAUGUUUCCCAACUGCCGUCGCAUGCCACCAUAAUAAAGGCAGCAGAUGCUGAUGUGCGAUCCCAGCAGCUCAGGCGGCUACUGCCGCGGUCAUUAGGCGCUGAUUCGGAGACUGCCCUGAGUUACCGUUGCAAAAAGCGUAGCCGCCGAUACCAAUCUGUACCUACUCCUCGGCGGACUGCUGGCAGCAGCGGCACUGGCAGCAGUAGUGGGUGCACGAUUUUAGCAGUCGAGCAGAACACCACACUGGCGUCGCUUACAAGGCAGCAGCGUCCCGUAUCUGCAAGGACGAGAGAUCAAGGAGUUGCCGCUGUUGCUUCUAAAGCUGAAGCAACCCUUCCCGAAGGGAUAGGGCAACGGGAUACAGUCUGCGCUGAUGUGCUCCACAAGAAGCGACAGGAGAAAUAUGAAGAAACCCUUGCCACGAUGAGGGCUCAGUUGCAACAGCUUCAAAAGCAGCAGAUGCAAUUGCAAUCCCAGUUGCAACCCCCAUGGAACAGUAACACUGCUAUUGCAGCAGCGACAGCCACAGUUACAGCGCGUCAGCAGCCUCUACACACUGCAGCAAAGCUUCCGGCGGCAACAGUAGCAGCCAUCUCGGCACGGCUCUAUGGAAGGGCUAAGCAGAUGAAGGAGAUGCGCCUCCUGAAGCAGCAACUGCAUGAGCAGCAGCAGCGGUUGUUGCACCAACAGCAGCAGCAAAAUGAGAUCAUGAGCCGUACAUCCACUGGUCAUAACGGCGGAAGACAUUCAGUCGUCCGCGUGAGGCAAACCUGGAAAGGGGGCUUGGCCACACAUCAUGAACAAGAGGUGCUACAGAAGUUGCAGGAGCACAGUCUGCGGCAGCAACAGCAACAACGCCAGCAGCAGCAACAAGAAAAGCAUAGGCAUCUACAGCUGCAUCCGCAUCAGCAACCAGAAAUGGAGUUGCCUGCAGCUGCAGCAACAGCUGCACCAAGAGCAGUACCAGCACCGCCAGCUGAAGCACGAUCAAAGAUUACAAAUGUUGGUGAUGCAGAACCGGCAACUGAGACGGCAACUACACGAGCAACAAAAGCGGUUGCAAGCGCAGUUGCAGCAGCCUCGAACUCAGGGGCUGUUAAAUCCGCAGCAGUUGAGUGUGCUUGUAACACUGCUCUAAAGCCUGACAGCUCUCCUAAAGCUUCUGCUUCUUCGGCACGGCCGUGUGGCGUUUCCAUAGGGUCCAUCAUCUUGUCGGAAGGCGCUUGCGGAGGGCUCUCUGCCACCGACUCGCAGACUCACACAGUCCAAGCUGAAGGAUUGGAGCCACGGGUUGACGAGGCAAAAAGAGCACAGCUUUCUGAUACGACAGAAAAAGAAGCAGAUAUGCUGGGACCAACAGGCCCCACAGCAACAGCAGCAGCGAUUUUAAAAGUAGCAGCGGAAAGCUCAUCGACGCGCCUCUCCCUCUCGCAGAAAGUCAAGGACGCUGGAUUGGAAGGCGAGGAAACAGCGACUUCCUUCCACGAGCCUUGCACGCGCGAAUCGUUUUCCCCAAAUCAACGACACUUACGACAGCAGCAAUCUCUGGCUGAUUACCGCAGUGACACUCAACAAAUUUUCUUGGCUGCAUCUGAGGGCAGUACCAGGCUGCACGGAGGAGACGCCGCACAGCGUUGUGAGCAAGAGUAUAAAAAAAGUACGAGCACAUAUCUAGACAGGUUGAGAGACCUGCAAGAACAGCGCAUAGCCGCGCUGCUGCAACUACGAUUGCAGCAGCCGCAGCCAGAGUUGACGUAUCACGGGUGGCUGCAGAACUGUGGGGGACUAGAGCGUUGUAGGACAACACAGUCAGUCCAAGUUGGAUGCAGUGAGUCCAUCACAAACCGAGCAAUAGAACAGGAUCAAAGACAGCCGCAAAUGCAGCAGCAACAGUUUCGCGAUCUAGACGAGCCACCGCAGCAUCCCAUGGAGCCCUGCGACUCUUACGGUGCUUGUAGCGAUAGAGCACUGCUACAGCAGAAACAGCAACAAGGACAUAUCCAUGAAUCUCGCAGAGGAAAGUGCCCUAUCUCAUCUGGGUAUCUGAAACGAGAGAUAUCACCUACUGCUGCCAGCAAGACGCAGCUGCUCGCUGGUCGCGGCAGGACAGAUUUGGUCUUAUCGGCUGCCCGGGACGAGGCAGCAGCAGGAGCUGCUGUCUCCACAACAGGCGAUAUUACAAAAGGUUUUGAGCAGCAACUGCAACGCUUGCAGCAAGAAAUGCAUCCUAAGCAGCGGGCGCAGCAGAAAGAGCAGCGGCAGCAACAGCAAAUCCACCUAAUUGUGGGCGUCCGCCGCAGUCGAGCGUCACGUGAAGCGCAGCUCUCCAAGGCACCAGCAGUAGUGCAGCACCAAGAAGCCAGUGGCGCUGCCGGCCAACAGUCUCUCGAGCUCAGAUCUACCAAACCUCCGCCACUGCAAGGAACGCCUGCAUCCAUACUAGUGCCACCACGACCUAUACGCGCUCUACCUCAAAAACACCAAAGGCAGCCCACACCCACUCAGCAGCCGCCAAAGGGUAGUCCACCUAUGGAGUCUGCGAGAAACGCCAGAAGCAGCGAAAUUAGCUCCACUACGCCUGUACGAGGUGCUGAACAGAGCACGGAAGAACGAACCAUGCAGCCACAGAUACGUAGGGCCGUAACCACAGUUUGCUCCUGUUGA